CUCGGUAGCAAACAAUUCAAUWCGGUUUGGUGCUUUGUGGAGCAGUUCGUGUGCGUUUGUGUCCCGGGCAACGUCGACAUGGUCCGCUUGCAAGCCUCCCGGCUGUUCGCCYUGGUGACCGCGUUUCCUCGAGCCGCUGCCGGAUUUCGGGGGACGACACAUACCCGCUGCCGUCGUUCCCUGCCUCCGCAGCGGCGGGGAUCCCACACCCGGCAUCCACGGGGCCUGGCAGCGCAAGGCGGGGAUUCGAUUCGGGGCGGGGAGGACCGGGACGAGGCCCGGCAGCAGCAGCAAGAGCGGUACCCGAGGGCCGCCGUUGCGGUGGCGCUGCGCUGCCUCUGCCACCCGGAGCCUGCGAACGACAACGACAACUGCGCUGGAUCCGAAGCGCUCCUGCCCCGCUACCUGCUGAUCCAGCGGGGGACCGAGCCCAACAAGGGCCGGUGGGCCCUUCCGGGGGGGAAGCUCGAGUGGGGCGAGCCGACCCUGGAGGGGGCCAGGCGGGAGCUCGGAGAAGAAACCGUCUUUCUGGACGGGUCCGUCGGGUCCGGUGGCGGCGACCACCGGUGGGAGAUGGAGUGGUCUCYCAACCCGUUCGCCACGACCGACUCGAUCGUCGGCGACCGCUUCCACUACCUGAUCGCCCUGUGCUUUGCCGAGCUCAGGCCGGUCGGCGCUUGCGACGCCGGUGCCAGCGGGAGGCUCCGGCUCCCGCCGAGGGUUGCCGCGGCCGACGACGCCAAGGACGCGAGGUGGUGGUCCCUCGACGAGCUCGUCGCCCUGGAGAAGGAGGAGGGCGGAAACUCCAGCACAACRCCCGGGUUUGUGGAACGGAUGAAGCGGACCGAGGAUUUGUACCAGAGGGGCGUCCUGCUGCCGGCCGACUAGGGAUCCAGCGGGAAGAGCCGGCCGCUUCGAUUUCGAACCAACCGGUGGACGCGAAAGAUMGAUAGAAUGAAAAGAAUCGAAUCAUUGAAACGAUGAUAGGAAUCACUAGCGAAAAAUGGUAACCACGAUCUGUGAUUCGUACAAUKAUUUUGAAGUUUGUUAUUCAAACGCUGAUUGGUUUUCCUGUCUGUAGUUUUGGCAACAGCCAUCUUGUAAUCAGUCUGGAUUUUCCCAUCCAUCCGCUCCGUGCUUUUGGUAGCUACCUACGUCGUCAAUUGCAUUUGGUGCUUUGAACGAAAGAUAGUAAUAUAACUAGAUAGAUUCCCAUAAAGCGUUUCUUAGCAC